AUGGUACAUGAUCACGCGGGGCCCCUUGGCGGCGAGACUGGGGACGGAACACGGGAACACUCGCCCUCCGCCGUCCGCUCUGCUCCACCGCAGCAGCGAAGCAGAGGGGUGCAGAAGGCAUCUCAGAGGAGAGGGAGCGAGACCAUGUACUUCGUGUAUGGUUGCCCGAAGGUGCUAUCCUUGCGCCCGGAGCCCAAGCCUGGAGAGCAAAUCCUCGAGGUCGCGUUCAACCCGUCCGGGUCCCUGCUUGCCGUAGCGUCCACCUCGCGAUUGUGCCUCUGGUCGGGCGGCAAGGACCAUGUCCCUCUGGGCACCCUGACGCUUCCGCUGCGUGGCCUAGCAGGCACGAGCCUGCUGUGGAAAAGAGACUCGAGUUUGCUCGGAAUUGUGUCGUCUGCUGGAAAGCUGGUGCUGGUUUCGGUCAAGCGGAGAGCCGGGGCGAGGCCGGCGAGCGAGAGGUUUGCUCUGCCGGACUGGAUCGAGCCUCAGCACGCUAGAACGGCGGCGGAAAACGAUGGCGAAGAGCGAGACGCGUGGGCUGACCCGGUGGAAGCGGACCUCGCGAUGGUUUCUACGGUGGAGUCCAUAGGGUCGGAGGCGUCGGCCAUGUGCCUCGGGCGGUUCGGGCAGCACGUGCUUCUCGGCACUGCCAGUGGAUCGAUCUACGGGGUAUCCUGGGAGGGGCAAAUCCUGUGCUGUUAUGACAUCGUACCGGGGCCGAGUCCCUCGCCGAGAGUGAACAGCAGCGGCGGCGGCGGCAGCGGCGGCCAUCUGGAGCAGGGCGAGACGGAGCCGGGCACCCGGCGGUUCGGGGGGCAGGGAGCGUCGUCCAUGUCCUUCAACGACACGCUGCAGCUGCUAGCGCUUACGGCGACAGACGGCAGCUUCUUCCUGGGGAAGCUGUCGAAGACCACGUGCUGGCUCCGCAACAUCGCCGUCGCCGACCGGUCAAGGGCUACGGCCGCCCCGCCCUCCGCCGCCGCUGGCCGAAAACCCAACUCGGCAGCGCCUCCUUCCUUUCUCGCUAACGCCGACGGCGACAACCAAGAAAUAGGCUGGGGGUGGAGACUACUGGGCACGGGGCGCAACGCGGUGGCUGCGGCGGUCGACGCGCUGUCUUCCCCCCGCUCCAAUACCGAUGGCGUUUUUUUUUCGGGCGGGGACGGCGGCGAGGAGUCGAGCGCGGCAGCGGGGGGCGGCGAGAGCGGCGAUACGGCCGGUACGGGAGCCGUGGGCGUGGAGUUCAGUGCAAAAGGCGGCCUGAUGGCGGUUGCCCUUGCGGAUGGAACGGUGCUCCUGGCCCGGGUCGAGCGUUACACGAGCGGGGUCAGGGCUCGGCACAAGCUCCAGAUAUCGAACAGCAUGCUCCACCGCUCCGAUAGCCACAGGCUUGAGGACUACUUAGCGGACGAGACGCUUCGUGCCGAGCAGGGGCUUGGGGACGUGAGCGAGGGCGACGGAAAAGGAGGUGUGACGUCACCGCCAGACGCGCGGACUCGCACGUUCUCGAGGGAGGGGACGAUGUCCUCCCUCUGGGGCGUCGAAGUCCACCACCUCAAUUGCCUCUCGCUGGACCCCUGGCUCGGCCCGGGCGACGGCGGCGGCGGAGGGGAGAGUCUUCUGGGCCCUGCGGGGAGGGUGUUGUCCCUCUGCUUCUCUGCGGACGGCGGGGCCCUCGCCGUGGGCCACGAGGGAGCCCUGACGGUCUGGAGCACCGAAGACGGCACCCGCCUCGUCUGCACCACGACCGAGUCUCGAGACGACCUGGAUGGCUACGAGGGCGCGGCGGCGGCGGCGGCGGCGGCGGCGGCGGCGGCGGCGAACGGGGUGGCGCCGCCGAACGGCGGCUACGGGGACGACGACGGGCACCGGGAGUCAUCCUCGGAGCCGCCGCUGUCGCCGUCUCGGGCGGCCCGCGGGACGCUCGAUCUCAUUGCCGGCGGCGCGAGAGCGCUGUCGUGGGAGAGGGAGGGGUAUCGCCUCAUGUCGGUUGGGAGCGCGGUCGGGGCGGCGGCGGGUGUCGGCGGCGAUGCCGGGGCGCAGGGCAUCGUGGCCUUCGACUUCCUGAGGAGAGCGAGGUCCAAUCUGUCCAGCUCGCUGCUGUCUCUGCAGGGCUCCGACCGCAUCGCUUUGGUGGACUCGCAGCCGUGGAGCGCGCAGGUUCUCCUGUGGAGGGUGCUACCGGUGCACCCGGGUUAUCUUUCCUCCAACGCUCCUUUGCGUCACGUGAGCACGAGCCGAGCCGGGACCUACGUGGCCGUGGCGGGGUCUCGAGGCUUCGCGGUUUACAGCCGGCCCACCAACCGAUGGCGGCUCUUCGGGAACAUCGAGCAGGAGCGAGAAGUGCAAGUGGCUGGGAUGUGUUGGUGGGGGGAGUCUGCCCUCGUGGUGGCGUCUCGGCAUAAGCACGGCUUCAUCCUGCUGCUGUUCUCGAGGAAGCACCUAAGCUCGGACGCCCUCAUGAUCCCGCCGAUACGGCUACCCGUGGGCAUGCGACCCUUGUUCAUGCAGGCUGUUCAGGAGGGGGGCUCCAGGCCUGGCACCGACGUCCUGUUCCUCCUCGUGGCUGGAUCAACGUCCUACCUUCUUUACCGCUUGAGCUGCACCGGCGGGGUCUUCGAGGCGGGGAACUUGACCUACAGCGUGCUCCACGAGGGGCCGCUGCCGCACGUACUCGGCAACAUGGAGCCCGACCAGCACUACACCGACCCGUCGCCGUCGUCCGACCCUAAUCCCGACGAAGAGACCCCGACCGAACACCGGCCGAUCGCGGCGGAUACCGCCCCCGGAGCGGCGGCGGCGACAGGCGGUGGGCCGGGUGGUAGCGGCAGCCCCAACAGCGGCGGCAGCCGCGACGUUAAAGGGGGAUUCGCGGUUGGGGCGGGGAUGGGGGGGUGGGGCCAGGGUGAGAAGAGGAAGGCGAGGCGGGAGGGCGGCGAUUUGCCGGAGAUCGGUCCUCCCAAGCGCGUGAUGCUGCUGCCCGAGGUUCAUCCUCGGUCUAUCGCCUUGCUAGACUUCGACGGGAACAUGGUGACGAUGGAGAUGAGCAGCGGGAUGGUCAGGAGGGUGGCAGAGGGCGUCGAGUCCGUGGUCGACCUAACGGGCGUGUCCGAAGCUUGGGAGGUGUGGGAGAUGCCGCUGCUUGUCCACCCCUGCUACCUUCUGCGAAGGAAGGGCAGAGUGGGUGGCGGCGGCGGCGGCGGCGGCGGCGGCGGUCGUCGGUGGGAGCAAAGGCCGGGUGAUGGUGAUGAUGGUGAUGAGGGCAGCGAAGAAGAAGGUACCGAGGAAUUUUCCGUGUGGUGUCCGGCCAUGCGCCUUGACCCCUGCCCCCCCUCGGUGCAGCGACUGCUGACCCCGGGGAGAGCGACGGGUUCCGGGGGAGGGCACGGAAUGACGCCGUCCCCGGUCUUUUCGCUCGAUCCGGGAGCGAGCUGCGACCCAGAGCGGGUGGAUCUGGGGCUGCAACCGUUGCUGGGCACGAUGGUCCACGCCUCCCAGGGAGGUGGGCCUUCUUCGCUUUCUUCCUUGCCCCCGUCGUUCUACGUCAGACCCCGGCGCACCAGCGCGGUUGCCCUAAAGAACGACCUGCCGAGGCCCCUGCGCGUUGCCCUCAGCCCAGAGAACGAGAAUCACCCCAACACGCUCGUGCCCGUAGACGCGGAGGUCCUGCGGCUGUGGAAGUCUCCACGAACCCUUGUCGGAGGCGAGGCCCUCAAGAGAGCGCUGCAGGCUGACGCGGACAGACAGGCCGGAGGCAAGAGAGGUUCUGGUGCUGUUGGCCUCGGUUCGUCGACCAAGAGCGCCGACCGGUAUGGGUCCGGCGGGUGGGAUGGAGCGGCAUCGGAGGCGGCGGCGGUGGGCGUGGGGGAUGAGGUGUCGGUGGAGAUCUCGCCGAAUACGUUCGACCGUAACAAGAGGGUGGUGGAGAGACACUCACAGGGCAUGCUCGUCAACGGCGUCUCCGUCGAACGCGCGGACCUCGCCCCUACCCCCGGACUCGUCAUGCACGGCUCCGGAGACGAUGCCCCGGCCCUGUGGCGGCUGUACACGCGGGCGCCGUACGUGGUUCAGAACGGCCUCGCCUGCGACGUCGUGGUGUGGGCGUCGCAGCCGCUGGCGGAGGAGGGAAACGCCACCCUGGAUACCGUGCUCGAGUCUCCCGGGCCCGCGAGCAGCGGCGGCGGAGGCCUGUCUGCAAGCGCCGGACGUAGCUUGAAGGGCCGCCUAUCGCUGAAAAAGCUCGGGUUGAGCCCCAAGAGAGACAGCGACGGCUCCGCGAGGCCCCGCUCCUCCGCCUCGUCCGGCUCCAAGUUCAGGUUCACCCCCAAGUCUUGGAAGAAGGGCUCCGGCGGCGCACCGUUCCGCGAAGGCGGCGGCGAUGGUAGCGGUAGCGGCGGUAGCGGCGGCGCGGAAGAGGUUAGCAAGCUCGACUCGGAUAGCGACGACGACGAGGACGACGAGGACGACGAGGUUACGACGGACGACACGGACACGGACCUCGAGCAGCACGACGAGGAGGAGAUGGAGAUGGAGGAGCAGGAGCUGGAUCGGCUGUCGGCGAUAGGCGCCGCCAGCGGCGGCGGCGGCGGCGGCGGUGUUGUUGUGGCCGGAGCGGGGGCAGGAGGGCCGCCGAACAACGGCAGGGUGAUGUGGGUGCUCAAGAGCGGCGAGGAGGCCAAGCUGGAGGGCAUGGACCCGACCCGGCACCUGCGACUGAGGGUCGGCUUCGCCCCGGCGGAUGGUAGCUCUUCCUGCAGUGACUUCUGCAAGUCGUAUAUCAUCGAGGCCAAGCGACACACGAACCGCACGCUGCUCAACAGGAUGAAGUCGAAGGAGGCGGUGUUCUCGCACGGGGCGCGGGGGUCCGGUGGGGCGAGAAGGCCCGAAUUCAAGUUUGGGGCGGUUUGGGAACACACCCCCGGGAAUAGGCACAUCCACCUUUACUCCAAGGUAUGGGUGCUCAACAAGACGGGCGUGUCUCUCGCCUACCGCGCCAGCAUCCCCACGAAGGAGGACGACCGUAAGGAGAAGGUCUUCGUACGCCGGCCCUACAACGCGAGCUACCGCACGGACGGUGACACCAUGCUCUUCUCCAGGUACAUGACUGGCGCCAAGAGGUGCAAGAGCUUCGGAGGCGGGGACAAGACCGGCGGAGGCGGUGCCACCGCCAGCGAGAUCGGCGGCGAGGCCGGCUUCCCUCUCAUGCUGACGUGCCGCGCCAACACCCUCCAGACGAUGCCGUACGCCAUGGCCGACUCUGCCGUGGGGGCUGCUCUCCUCCUCUCCGAGACCCGCUCCUCCAAGUCGGAGCAGCCGCUGCCGUGCCUGACCGUCCCCGCCGCUGAUGAUGCCGAUGCCGAUGCCGAUGCCGGCGGCGGCGGCGGCGCUGAGUCCUCCUCCUGGCCCCUGUACUGCGACUACCCCCCGGCGAGAGUGAGGCUGCCAGAAGAGGUGGUUUCCGAGCGGAGGAGGAGGGUGCACCUGCUGACGCUGCGCUCGGACACUGGGUCGGUCACCUUCACGCCCUCGAGAGACUGCAGGGUCUACAUCGGCUUGGACAAGCGCCUGCUAGCGGCCGACCCGGGCCCCCCGAAGUGGCUCGCCCUCCAGGGCUUCGAGCGCCGCGAGGGCCUGGACGUGUCCGUCACGGACGUACAGCCCGCGGACCUCGCCCCCCAGGGCUUCGGCCUCUACUCGCGCUUCUGCCGCGGGCUGUCGGUGGUGCCGCUGGGGCAGAACCUGGACCACGACGGCGACGGGGUCUCGGAGAGGAGGGGGGGCCCCGCGGCGAUGUACUUCGUUGUGGUGGUCAGGGUCCCCGAGAGCGAGGCGGUCGGGGAGGUCGACAUCGGACCCGUGGCGAUGCACCGCUCCGUCGGCAAGAUUUUCGACAUGCGCGAGCACCACCGGUGGAGGAUGAAGCCGAACUUCAAGCCAGGGGACCCGUGCUACACCGACAGGCCGUCCAGCGAGAACACGGUGACGGGGCUGCCAGAGAAGCUGCGGGGCCUCAAGCUCAUGGCGGCGACAGCAGCUAGCUCCGGCGAAGGGGGGUACGACGGGGACACCGAACGGGCUAGCAGCUCACCCGGAGGAGGGCGGCGAAAGGGGCCGGCGGCGGGAGGGGGGGGCGGGAGCGGGCCAGGAGAGGAGGGGGAGGGCGGAGGCGGGAGCGGGCAGGAGGAGGAGAGAGACUGGCACGGGACGAGCAGCGACGCGUUUGAGAUCGCUGUGGCCGUCUUGAAGCUCGAGCUAGCGCGGGCCGUGAUGUCGGACAGCGUGUACCUCGCCCAGCUGGCGCCCGAGUGCUUCCACGAGGUGGUGGCCCGCGUCGCCCGCAAGGCCGAGCCCGAGCGGUACCCCCUCCUGUUCCCGCUACACCUCGUCCGCGGGGCCCCCGAUGCAGAGGAGGAGACGGAAAAGUUUUUUAGCGUUGGCGGCGGCAUCAGCGGUGGCGGCGGCGGCGGCAACAGCGGCGGCGGAAGAGCCCAAUCCGAAGAAGCGGUGAAUGGCGAGAGGGCCAGGGCGGGAGGGGUGGGGCAGGUCGGUCGCUGUGUUGGGCCGAGGUGGGGCCGGUGGGUGCACCCGACGCACCUCUUCCACGAGUGCGUGUCCUCGGGAAAGCUGACCACGGCGGCGUGGUACCUGCCCCUCAUCAGAGAUGACGUCGCUUACGAUGCCGCGCAGAGGCACGUCGGGCCGAACGGCCCCCUGUCGGAGGAGGAGCGGUCGCGCCUGAUGCCGUUGGAGAUGUGGGCCGUCACGGGGGAAGGGUGGCCCUACGGCCUCAGCCACGCGCUCUCCUGCGUGUUGCUCCUCGCCAGCCUCUCCUCGAACCAGCACGCCUUCCUCCCCGAGGUGUGGCUCUUCGCACGCAAGCGCGAGCAGUCCGCGCCGCACCACCACCACCACCACAGCCACAGCCACCGUCACCGCCGUAGCAGCAGCGCCGUCGCGUCACCCGCGGCUGGCGACGGCGGCGCUGGCGUCUCCGACGACCGUUGGUGGACGAUGGGGCAAGGCGCCGCGAUCGAGGCUCUCCUCACGAGGGACGUGUCGAGGAGACAGGUCGCCGGCGGCGCCGAGGCGAUGCUGAGGCGCACCAGCAGCGACAACCGAUUCCGUAGGGGAAGCGUUGGCGGCUUGGGGUGGGCCGUCGGUGGGACGGGGUGGGGUAGCAGCGCCGGGGGAGAGGCGAAGGGGAUCCCGAGGUCUCCGGUGUCGAGGGCGGCUUUGGAGGGCGGGCGGGGGACCCACUUCGGAAGGACGUCGGCGCUAAGGCUGCGCGCGCUUCGAAGGCCGGGUAGACUCGGCGACGCGGACGCGGACAGCGCCGACGAUACGGGGGACGAGUCGCCAUUCCCGACCGAAGGCGGCGAAGAAGAGCCGCCCGAGAGACGAGAAUCGUCGUCAACGAUGCCGCCACAGCGGCCGGAGGUCGAGAGCACGCGGUUGUAUCACCUGCCCCUGACGAGGGACGCGGCUUCCGUCGUCUCUCGCUUCAUGUGGAAGGAGCUCAACGAGCUCCGGGUCAAGGUGGUGCUGCGGGCGUUCCAGUCCCUUGCGUGCAGCACCGCCGCGCGAGAGGCCGGGCUGGAUGCUGGCCAAGUCCUCGCCGCCCUGUCGCCCGCAAGACGGUCGAUGGUGGGCAGCUUGCACGGCUCGCCCGUGGAGACCUUUGCCGGUCUCCUGGUUUCUCUCGCGGAGGGGGACAAGAAGGUGAAGGCGAACAACAUGGCGAGCUUCCAGACCCUCCAGAGGUCGAGGGUGCUCGUGUGCUUCGACUCCCGUGCCCCCAAGCCCCCGUCGUGGCUGGCCGCUCGGGGCUUCGCCUUCCAAGACGACCUGCACCUGUCGAUCGACCCGGCGGGGACGGGCACGAACGGCUACAAGGUCUACGCCAAGAAUUUCAUAGAGGGCGCCGAGGUCAAGCUUGGCGGCAACAAGGCCUCGGGCGCCAAGCGCAUGUACUUCGUCCUCGUGCACGCCACCGGGGACCAGCAAGGCCGCAUCUCCGCCCCGCCGGUCCUCCCAACGCCGAUGCCCCUCGCGCCGCCGUCGCCGGCGAACGCUGCCGCCGCUAACCCCGACCCUUUCGGGGACAGCGGCGGCGUGGUGGCGGUGCCCUCGCCCGCCGCGGCGGCGGCAGCCGGAGCCCGCACCAGCGGUAGGUUAAGCGGGACUACGCGGAAGGGCGGGGUCUUCGUGGAGUCACACGACGACCAGGUGUUCCGGUUCUGGGACGACAAGGUCAGCGGGAAGCUCGUACAGACGCCGCUCGACCUGGACCGGCAGGGACGCGGGUGGUGUCAGCCGUUCGCGACGGACGCCGUCAAGACCUCCGGUCAGGCCAAGUCGCCGGCCGGCGUGUUCGGGGUGACGGUCGAGGCCCUCUCGGGCGCCUUCCUCAAGACCCGCGUGGUUACCGUUUGGCCCAGGUUCGUGAUCCGCAACAACCUCGGCCGCAAGGUCGGGGUCCUGUCCACCGUCGAGCCGCCGCCGAAGCGGGGCAAGGACCACGGGCAGAGUAUCGCCAGGGUUACCGAGAUGUUCAAGGUUUCCGUUGGGACCCUGGCCCAGCUGGCCGCGCCAGCCGGACAGCAGCAGCAGCAGCAGCAGCAGCCGGAAACGCCACCGCUCGCGGACAGCUCUUCUGCCGUGCUGUCACCAGGCACGCCGCCCGUCACCGAAAUCCCGGGGUCUUCGUCGGCCCCGAACAGUAGUUCCUCCGGCGGAGAUGGCGGCGGGGGAGGGCCGACGUCGGCCGCGCGGCAGCGAGCGCUGUCGGCCCUGUCGGCCUCGGUCCGGCCGCAGCUGGAGCUACUCGGGGACCUGAGCCGGGCGGUCGGGCAUGCGGAAGCCGCGUUGGUGUCGGCCUCGCUGCUACGGGAUAUGGCAGGGGCGACGGCAAUACUAGGGAGCGCUUCACAGCCCCUGCGUGUGGGAUACGGGCACUUCAUUGCCAACCUCCUGGAACAGAUCAAGCUUGCCCGUACGACAGCGGUGGCGGCGACGGCGACACAACCACCGCCAAAACCUGCGGAUAACCGCGCCACAGCGGAAAAGGGGGAAGGAGCCGGGAAGAAUCCACCCGGAAGUUCUGACCGGUUGAACGGCGACGCCGGUGUGCCGGCCGCGGCGGCAUCGGUAUCGGGCGGCGCGGCAGCCGGAGCGAUGGCUCUGAUCGGCCUGCAGCGCUUCGGCGGGAAGUGCGUCAGGGCUCUAGCCGAGGGUGCGGCCUAUGCAUAAGAGACUGGGAGGGGGUGUGGGCGUACUCAUGCGUUGCACUGCCUUUGGUGUUAGACCACGCGUCCUCGAGAGAAGAGGGAGGGGAGGUGGUGCCAGGGCUUGACAAGGGAAAAGGAGUGCGUUGGGUACCCUUCUUUUGGGCUCCUGCUCCUCGUUGGCAUGUGAUGGGACUGACGGGGGGGGCAGGAGUCAACGUUAUCGCAUGCGCGAUGAGCGUGCCGUCUCAGAUGUGUGGUGGAGCAGGCUUGAGAUUUUUGCAAAUUUUUGAGACAAUUCUUGU